AUGGUCGUUCUCGCAGCGUCGAUAUGCACCCGUGGAGGCAAAGCGGUUCUCUCGCGCCAGUUCCGCGAAAUCGCUCGGUCACGUAUUGAAGCCCUGCUUGCCUCCUUCCCCAAACUCGCCGACUCGGGAACCCAGCACACCACCGUGGAGCAGGACAACGUCCGCUUCGUCUACCAGCCAUUGGACGAGUUGUACAUUGUUUUGAUCACCAACCGCCAGUCAAACAUUCUUCAAGAUAUUGACAGUCUCCAUUUGUUUGCCCAAGUUACUACCAGCAUUUGCAAGAGCCUGGACGAGCGAGAAAUCCUUCGCAAUGCCUUUGAGUUGCUCAGCGCAUUCGACGAAUUGGUGACACUGGGAUACCGGGAGAACCUCUCGCUGUCUCAGAUAAAGACAUUUUUGGAGAUGGAGAGUCACGAGGAGAGAAUCCAGGAGAUCAUUGAGCGGAACAAAGAACUGGAAGCAAGCGAGGAGCGCAAGCGAAAGGCGAAGCAAUUGGAGAUGCAGCGCAAGGAAGCUGCCCGCACAGGUCGCGCUGCUGCCCCGAGGGCACCCAACUACCCCGUCUACACACCUCCUACACGCCCGGCUGUGCCCGACACAUACGAUUCCUACGAGGCAGAGAAGAAGAAGGCAUUUGCCAAGCCCCUCCCCACCCGCGGUAAGGGUAUGCAGCUUGGCAAGAAGUCCAAGGCAACUGAUAUCUACGAGAAGGUCCGCGGUGACCUAGGCCCCGAAAUCGAGGAGUCCAGCCCGUUGGUCGGCUCAGAGACUUCGACUCCUGUGCCAGAGGUCCCCUCCGCCCGCGAGUCGCUCACCGCAGACCGCGAGCCUGUUCACGUUACAAUCGCUGAGACCAUUUCCGCUACCCUCACUCGGGAAGGUGCCUUGAAAUCAUUCGAAGUCAAGGGUGACCUUCAGCUCCGUAUCACCGACCCAUCUUUCACCAAGCUCCGUCUUGAUCUUCAGGCCACUCCUACCCAUGGUGCUCAGUUCCGGACACACCCUAACGUCGACAAGGCCCUCUUUACCAACUCUUCCGCUAUUCAACUCAAGGACACCUCCAAGCGGUUCCCCGCAAACAACUCUAUCGGCGUCCUGCGAUGGCGCGUGGCUAGCUCAGCCGAUAACGCUGAAAUCCUGCCCAUCACCUUUACCGUAUGGGUGAAUAAGGGCUCUGACUCGACCACUGUGACGGUCGAAUAUGAGCUCACCGGCUCGGAUAGCCUUCAGGAUGUCGUUGUCACCAUUCCUUACGGCGCCACGGAACCUGCUGUCUCUAGCUUCGAUGCCGUCUACGAGGUCUCGGGCGACAGCCUGGACUGGAAUCUCGGCGCAGUCGACGAGUCGAACCCCUCCGGUAGCUUCGAGUUCGAAUCAACCGACGCUGAUGAGGAUGCCUUCUUCCCAAUGAGCGUCCGGUUCACCAAGGCUCAGCCCUUCGUGGAUGUUGAUGUUCUUAGUGCCUCCCUCCUGGAGAUGGAGGGGGAGAGCACCGGCUUCUCCAAGGACGUACGCAGUGUUGCGGAGAAUUUCCUGAUCGAGUAA